AUGAUAAGUCUGGAUAACGCUACUUUAUUCAAUAAAUCUUAUUUAAUUCUGCUUUUCUAUGAACAUGUCAUUUCCGCCAGCCAACAGUCCGUAAUUGACACUCGUCUGAAGGCUCGUGUAACAGAUGACCUGCGAUCUGGCCUUAUUGAACGUCUUGAGGAAUUGAUGAAGACCUUUAGAGAAAUGGCUCAGGAACACGGGCGUGUUAAGCUGAUUUUAGACACAGAACGGUCCUCAACAGCAGAAGUAGAGUCGAGGCUGCGCAAUCGACUUUCAGAUCUACAAGCAAUGACAGAUGAUGAGGCUUCAACUCGUGCCAGCAUCAUGAAUUCUCUGCUGUUAGACAUUUCCGAUCUUGAGGAGGCGAACAAAGGAGCCCAGAUCAAGAGAAUGGAAAUGCUCAGUACUGCUGGCGACUUGGAAAAGAAGGCUUCCGUUAAGGAGAAUCAAGUAAAUGGACUUAGAGACAAGAUGAAAGAACUUAAAAGUUUAGUUGAGGAAAAGGAGACUCUUAUCGAGAAGACGAAUGCUGAUUGGAAGCUGGAAAAGGCAGAUGCGACCCAAAACCUAUUGAAGCUGACUGAGUCGUUGGAGUUUGCUCGAAAGGAACAGCUUCAAAUGAUCCAGACAAGAUGUGAAUGUGAUCGGCGAAACGAGAAAUUGACUGCGGAGCUAGUCCAGCUCGAAAAAGAGGUGGUGGCUGCGGGCCAGGCAAACUGUAAAGCCAAGCAAAAAGUGGAGCGACUUGAGUACGCUUCUCUACAGUUGUACAAUCUAUACCCGUUCAUGAUGGGAUAUCCUGUUCAGACGGAUUGCCAUAAAAGUCUACAGAAAGUAGGCUGCUUUAGGGACAAUAUGGUACUUUUAGUAAUAGUGCUAAUAGUGAUAAUAUAG